GGGGGGGGCACACAAUGGCGGAGGGGGGCAGCGGCCGGGGGGCAUUGCAGGGCCGAAUGCUGCCCGCCUCCUCCCCGCCUUCCUCCUCCUCCUCCUCCUUCUCGUUCCCGGCUAGGAAAGUUUCGCCGCCGCCGAACGCCGAAUCGCCGGGUCGGGCGUUCCGCAGCCUGGCCCCAUCGGUUCGUCAGCUUUCCCUUCGCUUCGCCGAGCCGGAGCCAGCACCGGGCCCGGCCCAUGCCGGGACGCCGCCGCCGCCGCCGCCUCCUCCUCCUCCUCCUCUUCCUCCUCCUCUACCGCCUCGGGGGCCGGCGCUGAGCGCGGAGCCGCCGCGCUGGCCCAGCGUCCCGGCGAUGCGCAAACUCUUCGGAGAGAACGGACGGCGCUCCCCGGGAUGCGGAGCCGGGAGCGGCUCCGGACGGGCAUCGCAGCCCCCUCCGCCUCCGCCCCGCAGCCGCGUCCCGCACCCCGCGCUGCGCGCUGCCCGCGGAGCUCCGCCGGGGCCCGGCCCGCAUUCCUGGCAUAGCUCAACCCACCCUCCUCCUCCUCCUUCCUCCUCUUCUUCUUCCUCCUCGUCCCGCAGCCUGGAGGAGCCGCGUCGGGGUGCGGAAAGCGAAGGGCGAAGCGCCCAACGUUUGGCCGAGAGGGACGGAGAGGCGCCGGGCAAAGCGGGGAGCAGGCAGCCGCUGGCCCCCGCCGGCCCCGUGGUUGCCCGCGUGGCCAAGGUGAACCUCCUGCCCUUCGGCAGCCCCGCCGGGAGCCGCUACGCCAGCAGUGAGACGCUGAAGGAAGAGGAGCAGCCAACGGGCUGCUGGGCAUUGCACGGAGGACGCCGAUCGCCCGCUUUGGGGCCGAGCGAUGGGUUGGCGUGGGGGCAACCCCAAAUCCGAGCCCGGCCCAAGUUGCCUUCGGGCAUGGCCAAGGUGAGGACGGAUUUGGGGAGCGAUGCUCUACAGCUGGUGGGAGACCGCGCUGAGCACCGCAAGUCUUUAUCCAACCCCGACAUCGCCACCGAGACGUUGACUCUGCUCAGCUUCCUCAAGUCGGACCUGUCGGAGCUGAAGGUGAAGAAAAAAGGGGUGAGGAUCGGCGAGGCCGCAGCCUACGACGUCCCCACAUCCAACCUUCGGACCCGCGGCUCCGCUCAGCCCUCCGGCCGCUGGGCGCCGGGCGAACGGCCCACCCUGAAGGACCUGACGGCCACGUUGCGUCGCGCCAAGUCCUUCACCUGCUCAGACAAGUCGGGGACGAGACGGUUCUUCCUGCAGAGCGCCAUGAAGCAGAGCUCCUCCGAGCUCCUCCUGGCCUCUGCUGGCAGCCACGACGGUGGGAGGCUGGGGGAUGAUGAGGACGCGCUGCCCGUGGUCAUCCAGGAUCAGUACAUCCAGGAGGCCAGGCAGGUCUUUGAGAAGAUCAGCAGGAUGGGCUCCCAGCAGGACUAUGGCUUGGCGGCCGAGCAGAAGGACAGCGGAGGUGUGGAUGGAGCUGUGGAGGUGGCACCGAUGGCGGGGAUGGAUGUGGCCCUUCGGGGGCAGCCAGUGAGCAUGCAGUGUUUGAAGAAAGUGGAGUUGGAGGAGAAUGUCUCUCGCAGGAAGUCCGUGGAGGAGCUGCUGGGUCACGAGUCAAGCGUGACGGAUGAGGGUAUUGUCACUGAGCCAGAGCCGGGGCCCACUGGCGUGGCCUUGGGAGACCUACACGAAACCUGGCAGCUGCAUGACAACAAUAUCACUGCCACCGAGCCACCUCCACCCCCAGCUCCGGCUGCGGAGGAUGCUCUGGUCUGCAAGGCCCAAGCACCAUCAGAGACCCCCAGCACACCCAGCAGCUUGCGGCGCCGGCGGAAAUUCCCCUCAGUGGGCACCAAUGGGGUGGAAAGUGGCGUCGGGGAGGGACCUGGUGAGCCCUACCGCUCCCUGAGUGACCCCAUGCCCCACCGGCGUUGUCCGGUGACGGAGGACGCGAAGAAUUUCUCCGUUGACAGCAACCUGUUGGGUUCAUUGAGCGCCAAAGGUGGCAUCCCCCAGCCGUCAGCCAUUGCGUUGGCUGGGCACGCGGGCAGCGCAGGCAGCGACCUGUCCCUCUGCAGCGAUGGGCUGCGAGAUUACAGCAGCCUCAUCCAGACCAUCGUCAGCCAGCCCGGCGCCAUGGAUAAAGUCAUCGAUGAGAAGGGCAAUGGGAAAACCAUCAAGAAGAAAUCUCUGAGCGAUCCCAGCCGCCGCGGCGAGCUGCCGGCGGGCGCCUUUGAGGGACCCGGCGAGGCCAUCAGUGAGCUGGAGGGCAGCAUCCCACCAUCCAGCAGUGAGCCCAUCCUUUCGGAGCAGAGAGCUGUCCCUGUCUGUCCCCAGGGUGUCGGACACAGCUACGGCUUUGAUCCCAAGCUGGCCGAGGUGUUGUCACCACGCGGCGCCCGCCGGAGCUCCAAGAAGCGCAGCGGCCGCGUGUCCCACCAGGAGAACCAGGUGGUGCCCACCACCAUGGCCAGAGCACGCCCGGCCACCAAGCACGUGCGGCACACCAGCGAGCCUGCCACCUUCGUCCCCAUCACGGUCCCCGAGCCACACGCUGGCCACCAUGCCCAGCACCCUGCACUGGAGGCCACCCGUCCCCCUGUCAAAUCCUUCCCUGCCCUACAGCCACCGUCACUGGAGGAUGUCACCAAGCGUUACAUGCUGGCCCUCAACUCCAGUGACACGUCCCCCAGCCCUGGGGAUGGGUCCCGCUCCUCGCCUGUGACACCCACCGCCCCUGAGCCCGCCAGGUGCCCACGGCAGCCUGACCCCAAGAGCAAGCCCCAGGUGGACAUGAGGAAGCACGUCAUCAUGACGCUGCUGGACACGGAGCAGUCUUACGUGGAGUCCCUGCGCACCUUGAUGCAGGGCUACAUGAAGCCGCUGAAACAACCCGAAAACUCACUGCUGUGCGACCCAUCCUUGGUGGAUGAGAUCUUCGACCAAAUCCCUGAGCUGCUGGAGCACCACGAGCAGUUCCUGGAGCAGAUCCACGACUGCGUGCAGAACUGGCACGAGAAGCAGAAAGUGGGCGACCUCCUGGUGCAGUCGUUCUCCAAGGAUGUGUUGGUGAACAUCUAUUCUGCCUACAUCGAUAACUUCCUCAAUGCCAAGGAUGCCGUCAGGAUCGCCAAGGAGGCACGGCCAGCGUUCAUGAAGUUCCUGGAGCAAAGCAUGCGAGAGAACAAGGAGAAGCAAGCUCUGUCUGACCUGAUGAUCAAACCUGUCCAGAGGAUCCCGCGGUACGAGCUGCUGGUGAAGGACCUGCUGAAGCACACACCUGAGGACCACCCCGACCACCCCUUCCUCAUCGACGCCCAACGCAACAUCAAGCAGGUGGCCGAGAGGAUCAACAAGGGGAUGAAGAGUGCUGAGGAGGUGGAGAGGAACGCACGCAUCGUGCAGGAGAUCGAGUCCCACAUUGAAGGGAUGGAGGAUCUCCAGGCCCCACUCCGCAGGUUCCUUCGACAGGAGAUGGUGGUGGAAGUGAAAGCAGUGGGUGGGAAGAAGGACCGUUCUCUCUUCCUCUUCACGGACCUGCUGGUGUGCACCACACUGAAGCGCAAGUCGGGCUCCCUUCGACGCAGCUCCAUGAGCCUGUACACGGCAGCCAGCGUGAUCGACACGGCCAGCAAGUACAAGCUGCUCUGGAAGCUGCCACUGGAGGACGUGGACAUCAUCAAAGGUGCCUCACAAGCCACCAACCGUGAGAGCAUCCAGAAGAGCAUCUGCCGCCUGGACGAAGAUCUCAGCACGCUGGGCCAAGUCAGCAAGCUGUCAGAGACCCUCAGCUUCCCCCACCAGAGCCUGGAUGAUGUGAUCAAGGACCUGAUGGCUGCCAUCCACCGGGAACUGGCAGAGAAGCAGUCCUUGUCCUUCAGCAUGGCCUUCCCCCCCAACAAAGUGGAGCUCAGCGCUGCCAAGGCCGAUGGCACUGAGUCCUUCAUCUUUGAGUUCCCCAACCCCGACGCGCGGCUUGGCUUCGAGCAAGCCCUUGAGGAUGCCAAGAAGAAGCUGGCUUCCAGCAAAAACUGCCUGGACCCCGAAUUCCUCAAAGCCAUUCCCAUCAUGAAGACACGAAGCGGGAUGCAGUUUUCUUGUGCUUCUCCCAGCCACAGCAGCCCGGAGAAUGCCCACGAGGUGUGGGUGUGCAACAGCGACGGCUACGUGGGGCAGGUCUGCCUGCUCAGCAUCCGCAAGGAGCCCAUUGUCGAGGCGUGCAUCGCUGUCUGCUCAGCCAGGAUCCUCUGCAUCGCCUCCGUGCCUGGCCUCAAGCGACCCUAUAGGGAGCGCACGGAGCCGAUGGUGAGCCCAUCCUCGGAGCCGGCACCGACACAAUCAGAGGAUUCAGGGCCACAGCAAUGCCUGCACAUCUCCAUCUCGGGCUCAUCGCUGGAGCUCUCUGAGCCUGUCGACAGCACACACCGGGAGCUGGUGCCCUUUGACAGUGAUGACACAGAUGAUGAGUCCUCACCCAGCCCCUCGGGCACGCUGCAGAGCCAGGCCAGCCACUCCACCAUCUCCUCCAGCUUCGGCAAUGAGGAAAUCCCAAGCUGCAAAGAGGCAGCAGCAGAGACGACGAGCUCAGAGGAGGAGCAGGAGCCUGGUUUCCUUCCCUUGGCCACCACCUUCGGUCAGAGCCGGCGUGGUGAGAGCCCAACAGAUGGACGAGCCCUACGGCGCUCCAGCCGCGGCUCCUUCACCCGCGGCAGCCUCGAGGACCUGCUGAGCCUUGACCCCGAAGCCUACCAGAGCUCCAUGUGGCUGGGCACCGAGGAUGGCUGCAUCCACGUCUACCAGUCAUCGGACAACAUCCGCAACAGGAAGAACAGCAUGAAGAUGCAGCACGCUGCUUCCGUCAUGUGCAUCUUGUACCUCGAUAACCAAGUGUUCGUGUCGUUGGCCAACGGAGAGCUCAUCGUGUACCAGCGGGAGCCAGGUCGCUUCUGGGACCCUCAGAACUCCAAAUCCCUCUCCCUGGGCUCCCCAGGCAGCCCCAUCACGAAGAUGGUGGCGGUGGCAGGAAAACUAUGGUGCGGUUGCCAGAACCGGGUCAUCAUCCUCAACACAGCCACUCUGGAACAAGAGCACACCCUCCAGGUGGGGCAGGACAGCGGGCGCAGCGUCAGCUGCAUGGUGAGCGCGGCGCCCGGCGUCUGGCUGUCGCUGCAGGGCAGUGCCCUGGUCCGCCUUUACCACCCCACCAGCUACGAGCAGCUGGCCGAGGCUGACAUCACCCCCCCAGUGCACAAGAUGCUCGCUGGUAAGCAAACCCAGCCCCUUUUCCCUGUGCUUUCCCGUUUCCCGUUCUGUACCCAUUGCAUUUUGUUAUAACGCGCUUUGCUCCGGAGCCAUCGAGUGUCUGGUAGUGCAAAGUGCCUCUGUAUCAUCCACAUCCCAGCUGGCUGCAGGGAAUGAGGUCCGCCUGCACUCAGCCGGUUCAACCUCUGCAGCCCCUGCACAGAAAUGAGAGAGUGGCUGCAAAACCCCAUGCAGAAAUCGGGACGUGGCUGCAAAAUUCUGUAGAGAAAUAAGGGAGCAUGCGAAAUCCCUCAGGGGAUUAGAACAGCAGUUGCAAAACCCCGUGCAGGAAUAGGGCAACCCAUCAGUGGCUUCAAUAUCCCAUUCAAAAGUGAGGUGGUGACUGCAAAAUCCCAUGGAAAAUGAGAGAAGUGGUUGCAAAGUCCCAUGCAGAAAUAGGGCAACUUGUAGAAAAUUCCAUGCAGAAAUCAGGACAUGGGUGCAAAACCCCAUGCAGAAAUUGGGAGUCAGGUGCAAAAUCCCAUACAGAAGUGGCAGAGCAGCUACAAAAACGCCAUGUAGGAACAGGGAAAUCCCUUGGUGGAUUCAAUAUCACAUGCAGAAAUCGGGACCCAGCGGCAGAAUCCCAUGCAGCAAUCAGGACCUGGGAACAGAACCCCACAUAGCAAACAGGACACGGGUCCAACACCCCACACCUCAACCAGGACCUGGGUGCAGAACCCCAUGCAGCAGUCAGGACACGGGUCCAGGACCACAUAUAGCAGUCAGGACCCACGUGCAGAACCCCAUACAGCAGUCAGGACCUGGGUUCAGGACCCCAUAACCCAACCAGGACCCAGGUGCAGAACCCGACACAGCAAAUAGGACCCAGUUCCAACACCCCAGCCAGGACCCAGGUACAGGACCUCAUAUAGCAGUCAGGACCUGGGU